AACUUUUACGCCUCGAGUCUCAGCCCUGCAAUUAGCCACUUUCCCAGCACGGCUCGGGAUGUAUUCGUCUCCUCUCUGCCUGACCCAGGAUGAGUUCCACCCCUUCAUUGAGGCACUGCUCCCCCACGUCCGGGCCUUUGCCUACACCUGGUUCAACCUGCAGGCCCGCAAGCGCAAGUACUUCAAAAAGCAUGAGAAGAGGAUGACAAAGGAUGAGGAGAGGGCAGUCAAGGACGAGCUGCUGAGUGAGAAGCCAGAGGUGAAGCAGAAAUGGGCCUCGCGCCUCCUGGCCAAGCUGCGCAAGGACAUCCGGCCUGAGUGCCGCGAGGACUUCGUGCUCUCCAUCACGGGCAAGAAGCCCUCCUGCUGCGUCCUGUCCAAUCCCGACCAGAAGGGCAAGAUGCGCCGCAUCGACUGCCUGCGGCAGGCUGACAAGGUGUGGCGGCUGGACCUGGUCAUGGUCAUCCUCUUCAAAGGGAUCCCGCUGGAAAGCACCGACGGCGAGCGCCUGGUCAAAUCAGGCCAGUGCACCAAUCCCAUCCUCUGCGUCCAGCCCCACCACAUCAGUGUCUCCGUGAAGGAGCUGGACCUCUACCUGGCUUACUUUGUUCGGGAGAGAGAUGCAGAGCAGAGCAGCAGCCCUCGGACAGGCAUCAGCUCAGACCAGGAAGACAGCAAACCCAUCACGCUGGAUUCAACAGACUUCCAGGAAAGCUUCAUCACCUCGGGGGUGUUCAGUGUCACUGAGCUCAUCCAGGUGUCCCGAACACCGGUGGUGACAGGCACGGGGCCAAACUUCUCCCUGGGGGAGCUGCAGGGCCACCUGGCCUAUGACCUGAACCCCUCCAGCACUGGCAUGAGGAGGACACUGCCCAGCACCUCCUCCAGCGGGAGCAAACGGCACAAGUCGGGGUCCAUGGAGGAUGACAUUGACACCAGCCCUGGGGGCGAGUACUACACCUCCUCCAAUUCUCCCACCAGCAGCAGCCGCAACUGGACGGAAGACAUGGAAGGGGGUAUCUCCCCCACUGUGAAGAAGACUGAGAUGGACAAGUCCCCCUUCAACAGCCCAUCCCCCCAGGACUCCUCUCCCCGGCUGAGCAGUUUCACACAGCACCACCGUCCUGUCAUCGCAGUGCACAGCGGUAUCACUCGAAGCCCUCACCCGUCGUCUGCUCUGCAUUUCCCCACCACCUCCAUCCUCCCCCAGACAGCCUCCACUUAUUUCCCCCACACGGCCAUUCGGUACCCGCCUCAUCUCAACCCGCAGGACCCGCUGAAAGAUCUCGUCUCUCUGGCCUGCGACCCGUCCAACCAGCAGCCCGGACCGUUAAAUGGAAGUGGUCAAGUGAAAGUGCCCAGCCACUACCUGCCCACGCAGAUGCUGGCGCCGCCACCUCCCCCCGGCAUGCCCCGCUUGGCCGUCUCUCCUGACACCAAAUCCACCACGACAACUACCGAGGGAGGGACGACCUCACCGACAUCACCCACCUACUCUGCACCAGGCACGCCCCCUGCGAACCGUUCCUUCGUGGGAUUAGGACCAAGGGAUCCUGGGAGUAUCUAUCAGGCACAGUCCUGGUACCUGGGAUAACCGCCGCUGUGCCACCCCUUCGCUUCCCUUCUCCUCUGCUAUAGGCACCCCCAGAGGAACAUCCCUGUCCUCGAGCACCAGGCCC